GUAGGUGGAAUGGGGGACCAGGCAGGAGCUUAUGGGAAGAGCCUCCCAUGCAAUGCUAGAUGAGGGCAGGUUGGAUGCCACGUUACACCCAUUCCUCGUCUUUCGCACCCUGCUUUGAAGCAUCACAAAGUUUUCUGCUUCUGAUUUUGUAUUGCCCAGGCAGGCAGAGGAGCAGUGUCUUUGUGUCCUGCUGAUGAUGAAGGCAGCCAGGUUCCUCUUCAAUUUUUGCUCCUUGAUCGCACCCAGCUCUUCACAAAAGACCUCAGGGACAGCAAAUCCCACUUCAUGCCCUGGAUGUUGGAGCAGCAGCUUCAUUUCUUAUCAAUACAGAGCCCCUGAGAUUGUAUAGAAGUGAGAAAGAGGCAGGGGCAGAGAAUACCUGAAUGGGAAUGGGGAAGAAAGGAGAAAACAAUGACAGGAUGAGAAAGAUGGAGAAGUAUAAGGAAUAAAUGGGGCUGUGCACCUCUCCACCUUACCAUGUUUCACCAUCAUCUCCUUGUCGGCAGUUUGAAGCCCUGUACCCGGAGGGGAUGUGUCCCGGCUGGAGCGUCGUGGUCAAGGGUGAGACCAGUUCCAGCACAAGCAUGUUUGAAAUCAACUUGCUCUGUGAUCCUGGAGACCAAAUCGCUCUCCACUUUAAUCCUCGCUUCUCCAGCUCCAGGAUCGUCUGCAACUCCUUCCUUGCCAACCACUGGGGGAAGGAAGAGGUUAAUAACACCUUCCCCUUCAAAGCAAAGGAGUCAUUCCAGGUUGAAAUCUACUCUGACCAGGACUAUUUCCACGUUUUCAUUGAUGAAAACAAAAUCUUGCAGUACAAGCAUCGGCAGAAGCGGCUUUCAUCCAUCACCAAACUGCAGAUUCUCAAUGAUAUUGCCAUUUCUUCAGUGGAAAUCACCAAACGAGGCUUUUACUAAAGACUGGAGUUGGGACAGCCUCACAGACCAUUCCUCCUUCAGCUCUUGAUGUAGCCAAGGGGCCACCUCCUCCCUUUCUCCACC